AUGGAAUCCUCCUCAUCACCACAAGCCACACCCAGGCUCUCAGUGAGUCCAAAAUCGACAGAAGCCACGGCACAAACGGGGGGAGUGCUGAGACCCAACAACUCGAACACAUCUUCUGGCAACAAUAGCAAUUCCAAUGCCAACAAUAACAGCAACAACAAUAGCAACAACGCCAACAACAGCAAACCAGCCGUUUCUUCCCCCAUUGGACCAUCGCCCACCAUAUUGAAGGAACCUCUCAUUAUCGACCUCGACCCCAAGACGUUUCAGCAACCAUCCGUUCCAGCCAGUGACACGUCGAGAGAAGGACUCAAAAAACAAGUGGAACGUCGCAGAAUGACUUUGACGCUACCGGAACGCAACUUUUUGGAUCAUUUGUGUGUGCACGGAAACGAAGUGGAAGUCCAAUUGGCCUACGAACGCUUGGGAGACGAAGAUUUGUUUUUUGAUUGGCAAACUCCCCGCCAUCUAAAAGCGAGUGAAAAUCGGGCACCGGAAGAAGUGUUUGAUGACAAUCAAGAAUCAUCAUCACGUUAUACUGAGGAUCAUACAGAGGGAGAUGAUACAAACGAUGGUGAUCUAGCAACACCACGACCCGAAACCAUGAGGGAGCGAACCCUAUCCGUAGGCAGUCAACGUCGUCUCCAGAUUCUAGAGGAUCGCAAAUCUCACAAAUCACCCCUGUGGCAAGCUCAUGAAUCCGGGAUUGCCGUCACUCACGCUGCCUCCAAAAAGUCCAUUUUCAAACGAACGUCUUCGGCCGUUUCCAUCUUGAGCAAUGGUUCUGCCGCAACACCCCAAAUGAUUCGGGAUUCUUCGAGAUUUUCCUUUGCCAGCACCGCUACAGGUGCCAGCGCUGCAGCUGGUGGUGAACCAAUGGAGAUGAUUUUUAGACGGAUCGAUGCUAGCAAUAGCAAUAAAAUGAGAGCGGCAUCGCCAUUGCAAAAGGCACGAUACCAACGAUCUCAUUCCUUGACAUUUGGCAGCACAAACAUGCAUCAACAAUAUCAACAACAACAACAACAACAAUAUCAUCCUUCCGUUCCACCACCCCGUGGAUUUCUUCAACAACGGCGAGCCAGUACUUCCUCCCGCAAGAGCGUUACCUUUUCGUCUCAAACACCACCCAUGACGAGGCGCAAAUCCGCUUCUGCUUUUUUGCGACGAUCCAAUUCGGAUGGCAAAUUGGCCUUGAGUCAGUCGGGACGACCACCCAGUGGACGUCCACCCUUGGCACAACGGUCCGAGAGCAUGGCCAGUGUUCCAAGCAUUCAUCAUGCCUCUCCGCUAAGAUCCGAAUCCAUUGGCAGCAUUCCAAGCAUUCAUCAUGCCAAUGCCAUUCGAUCGCCAUCCAUUGGCAGCAUUCCAAGCAUUCGACAUGGAACUGCCAUACGAUCGCCAUCGAACGCUACGGAGAGUAGUAAUGGGAUUCCCAGCAUUCGACAUGCCAAUGCCUUGCGAUCCCAAUCCAUUUCUAGCAUUCCCAGCAUUCAUCAUGCCACCGCCUUGAGAUCACCAUCCAUUUCUAGCAUUCCAAGCAUUCAUCAUGCCAAUGCGAUACGAUCUGAUUCUGUUACUACUGCUACUGGUGGUGCUUCCAUGCAUCAUCAGCAUUAUCCCAUGUCCAGAGUGGAACUCUUUCAAGACGACAGUCAUGUGGUUUCUGGAACCUUUCCUCCUGUUGUGGAUUUGGAGGCUUUGGAUCAUUCCUUAAUGGAUGACACGGACAAUGAGGAUGAUCCAUUGUCUCCUGGGGGAUCUACCCACUCACGAAAGAAGGUCUUUGAUCAUCAGAAUUCAUUGUUGGCAUCUACCAAUGGAAAUAAGAUGUUGGAUCAUCAGAAUUCAUUGCUGGCAUCUACAAGACGGGCCGAGACAGAAAGAUCACAAGAACUCUUGCCAGCCUACUCUGCAACUCCGGACAUUGCUUCCGCAUGGUUGAGCCAACAAAAGGGUCACUUUUUGUCGAAACCGUUCGAGUUUCAGUCGCAAGAUUCCUUUCCACCGGCCAUUCAAAUUCCAUCUACCAUUACUGACAAGACGGAUCGUUCCACCAUGUCAUCUAAAUCAGACGAAGCUGCCUUUGUCAUUGAUAAAAAGGCUGUGUUGGUCCGACGCACCUCUCGCAACAGUCAAUACGAUGGAGAAGGCAUGGAAGUUACCGAAAUGCCCGAAAUGGAAUACGAUGAUAGCGACCCCAGGGCAUAUCCAAUGUGGGAAAAUAUGAGCAGCAUACGUCAAUGCACUAGUUUUGAUGAUGAAACCAUGUCCUUGUACAGUCAUCGACAGAAUAACUUUGAUGAAGUCUUUCGAAGAAGCAUUCGAAGGACCUUUUCCGAUGAGGAAGUGGUAGCCGCCAAUAUGAUGGUUGGUGAUGGAUCAGCCAAUGUCACCAUGUUUCGAGAAAUUUCCAACAUGACCAUGUCCAAACGAGAAGUCGUCAACGAUGAUGAUUCGGAUGAUGACGAUGGUGCAUCCUGGGAUUUGCAAUCUCAAUCGGGGGAAGAUCAGCGAUUCGAUUCGUGGAAUAUUGUCAAGGACGAAUACGUCAAUGGGUAUGGUGGCGGUGGUUCGUUGGACUUUAUGAUUUUGGGAACCUGCGCGGAUGAUUUGUCGGCAUCUCCUCAUGUGUUGAGUCCACCCAUGAUGGAGAGCUUGGCGGCAUUCUUGCCCCAUUCACAGAGUACCGAAAACUUCUUCCUUCGAUACUCGCUGGUCCGAGAUGGUGCCUCCAUGUUGACCUUUUUGAAGCGUUCGAGAGGCGUUCAGUAUGGUAUUCUCGCAUUGGAGACUGUGGAUGGCGAAGUAUUUGGUUGCUUUACCGGGCAGCCAUGGCGAAAGAGUCCCAGUUACUUUGGUACUGGCGAAUCUUUUUUGUGGAAGAUGAGACGCUCUCGUCUAGAAGCCACAAAUGACAUUUUGGAACAAGCCCAACUCGAAUCUGAGAUUGACGUGUACCCGCACACUGGAGACAAUCAAUACUACCAGCUUUGCACACAUGAUCGAAUAGCAGUCGGUGGUGGAACACCAAGUGGAGAAAAGAAGACCUCCGAUCCUCCCUUUAAUCCACACGAAUGGGGAUUUGGACUUGAUAUUCAAGGCGACUUGCUGGUUGGCACGUCGAGUCCAUGUGCGACAUUUGAUUCACCAUCGUUGUCCAAAGUUCAUUCCGACGGGUCUCUAUUCGAAAUUGUCAAUCUUGAGCUAUGGGCGUUGACACCUUGCACAAGUGUACAAGAAGCCGAGCAUUUGGAGCUUGGCAAACUGUUCUUGGAACGGCAAUAG